UUUUAAUUGUUUAGGCUUGACUUAAUUUAUCCAAACAGAUAAACUCCUGUUAGGCCAUUUAAUUAACAUACGACAACUUCCACCAGCUUGCUACUAUCAUUGGUUUCUUCUUUGUCUUCCCUUAAAGGAAUUCCAUACAAAACUCUCAACGUUUUCUAGAAGCAAUCGUCAUCUACAGGUUUUAUUCACCACCGCUAUAUGUCAGUCAUCAAUUGGGUGAACACAUGGUUAACAAAAGAUGGUCAGUCAGACAUAGUGUCGAAUGAAAUUUCUCAGGAUGAACAAGACGGUUGGGUACACCUGGACGUCAACCCGCAUAUUACCAUACUCGAAGAUGACUCGAUGAAUCCUCUUGGCGAAUCGGUUCUCAAUGUCGUGUCGCUUGGAGACCAGACACUUUCUCCCUCAAAUGACAAUAAGGUCACGGAGGAAGUGAACUCCGUAGACGUCAUUGCUAAAGCUAUCACGUCAGAUCGUCCAGUCCCCCAAAUUAAGGACGAAAAGGAGAAUGAGGUGACAAGAGGUGAUGGAGCAGUCAAACAGACUGCUGCAUCUGAGCAAACGAAACUGUCUCGACAAGAACGUCGACAGGCAGAAAGGAAGACGAAGAAGAUGAUUUUGAAGAAUGUGAAGGCCGCUAGUUCUCUGCAGAAAUCCAAAACUCAGCAAAACUGCGUAUCUGUAGCUCGUUCCGUAUCUAUGAUAUGAACUAGAGCUAAUCAUUUGUGCUACCGGAAGCACUUCCUCUCCACAUUCAACAUUUUCUGUAUUUCUGUUUCACAAUGAGUUAAUUUAGUGAUCCGUUAUCUUCAACACGCAGAGCUUUUCUAUGCUGCUAGUAGGAGAUCACACCAUUUAUAUUUUAUUAAUUAAAGCCAGAGC